AACGUCAUUUUCCCUCGCCAGACUGAAUCUGGUUGAAGACCCAACAAAACAGCGAAGAUUUAAUGUUCCAUAAUUUAAUGUCAUUGUAAUGAAUUUGUAUGGAAAUAACUUGUGUUUUUUUUCCACUUAGCCAUGUUAUCAAAGCAGUUGUUUUAGUUUUGGGAGUUUGGCGAGUUUACUGCGGUGCUUCAUCCUCAUUCUAUAUUUUAUCUUUAAUUAGCUAUAAUUUUCUUUGGUAGAUUUUACUGAAAAAAAACAACAGCCGUCUAUGGAUAAAACACCUCAGAGAAAUGCAUUAGAGAAUGAAACACCUGAGCCGAGUGGGCCCAGUGUGGACAAGCCAAUGAGUGCUGCACUGAAGGACAGAUUAAAAAGAGCACGCCGUUCUUUUACAUCCCCACUCAGUGUGGUUAAACGCCUUAAAAUUGAUGAGGCCGAGUUCCCACAGGCUUCAAACCAGGAGAUGACCCUGGGUGACGAGGCUUUCAUUGAUGUCAACAAAAAUGAGAGCAGAAGAAAAGACCUCCUGGGGAGCCUGGGGUCAGAUUGCUCUCAGCUCUCGCAGUGUGAAUUACUUCAGCUUCAGGAGAAAUUAAAGAAAGACAUUAAGGAGAAAUCUGAAACUUUGCGGAGGCUUAAGAUGGUCAAAAUGUACAGAAAGAAGAAUGACCUGAAACAGCUGCAAGGACUGACUGAUAAAUGGAGACAAUGUGCCCAAGCAGCACUGUAUGAACUACAGACAGAACUGCCUACAGAUGGUCAGAAAGCCAGUCUCUCCCAGCUCAUUGACCACUUCGGACUGGAGGACAGUAUACUUCACUUCAACAGAGCAGAGGAGGAAUUCACAGACAGCUGAAAUAGUAAAAAUGUAUUGUUUAUGUUAGUCAUCAUCAGAUUUCAAGGUUUCUCACUGUUGAAAUCCUUUUUUGCUACCCUUCAUUAGGCCCCAAUGAAUACUGAAGAAAGUUACUGAAAAUUGUCCCUGAUUGUGAUUUUGUUUAAACUAAAUAUGAGGAGAUUGAACUUGUUAGAUUUAUUUGGUUGUUUUGCACUUUGUGGCAUGUUUCUCUCCAUGUCCUAACAUCAUUUUGAAUAUUGAAUAUUUUUUGCCUGUUCUAUAUUUCGAUAAAACUUGUAAAUAAAGUUAAAUAAUAUUUUUUCA